AUGACAGGCAAUAAGAGGAACAUUGCAGUUAUUGCAACCCCAACAUCGCCAAUCCUCCCACACCUACUACACGCGCUUUCGCAUGAACCUGCCUUUGAAAUAAUAGUCUUGACACGCAAAACCAUCAUCGAGAUCCCCUUUACUACCAGCGCAGCGCACUCCAGCUCCCAUUCUCACAGCCAUGAAGAGGAAAUCAAAACCCCUCCCACCGCCGCUUCUACAAAUGGGCAUCGCGAUCAUGACCACACUUCCACCUCGGUGAUAAAACAUAUCCAAACCAACUUCUCCACUCCUCACCUCACAGCCCAACUGCGAGACACACAUACGAUAAUCUGCCUCUUACACGGCUCGGACGUGCACCUCCAAUCUGACCUAAUCUCGCUCUGCACCUCCCCCGCGAUUGCAAAUGCGAGGUUUUUCAUCCCCUCGGAAUACGGUCUCGAUACCAGUAACCCGCAAAUCAGAUCCCUGCUCCCACCCUACGCAACGCGUUUCGCCGUCCAAGAAAAGCUGCGCUCUAGUUUCACUUGCAGUGGAGAAGGAGGUGGAGGUGGGAGGAUAUUGAGAUACAAAGCCAUCUACUGCGGCCUCUGCCUCGAAGAAUCCCUCAAGGCUGACGGCGUGCUGGGAAUAGACGUCCUCUGGGCAUCCCUCUCGUCCUUCCCCGGGACUUCUGGCACCAAACUCGCUAUAUCGAAUUGCGCUGACAUUGCGGGGCAGAUCGUGGGUGUUGUUUUGGAGGAUGAUGAUGAUGGUGAAAUGCCAAGUGGGGGUAAAGGGAAUGAGAUAUACAAGUCAGGCUUCCGCGCAACGCUUGAUGAGGUUGUGAAAGUGGUAGAGGAAACGCUCGAUAAACCUCUCGAUAGGUAUGAGGCUGAUUUUCAGGGGGCGCGGAAAGAGGCGCGGGAGCGGAUGAAGAUGGGUUUCUUUGAUGGGGGGGUGAGCUUGAUGGGGAGGGUUGCGGUGUGGGAUGGCGGGGUGGGAACUUGGGGGGCGUGGGGGGAGGACGGGAGUGGUAGUGAGGGGUGGGAGGAGAAAGUGAGGAGCGCUGUGAGGGACGUAAGGGGGGAUCUAGUUGGGGGGGCUGGAUGUGGAUGCUGA